GUGAGAGAGAGAACUGGGUGAGGGGCGGGCACGGGCACGCUGGGCGGCCUCCAGCCACCCCUUCCCGGGCGUAACGCGGACCCAGGCCCGGCGCGCCCCUUCCAGGCCCCUCCGGCCCACUUCAGGGCCGGGCGGUGGAACAGCGCGCCCCCCGUGUUGUUUUCAGCCCCGAACCACGCCAGUGCCCUGCCCUGCUCCCGGAGCCGUGGUCUCCGCGUAGACGGCCCAGCGCCCCUGGGAAGGCGCCCCUGCGGCGCGCUCGCCCCCGACUGCCCCGUUCCCUGAGGAGUCCCCUCCCCACGCUGGGGCCCGGGCGCCCGGGGAAGGGUCACGUGCGGGAAGCGGAAGCCGGGCUCGCUCUGGGCUUCUCCCAGCCGGACCGCCCGGGUCCCUCCCACCCGCUGCCAGCCUGGCCACGUUGAUGGCCCCGCCCGGGGACCCGCGGCGCCUCUGCAGGCUGGUGCAGGAGGGCCGGCUGCGCGCCCUGCAGGAGGAGCUGCAGGCGGCCGGUGGCUGCCCGGAGAUGGCCGGGGACACCCUGCUGCACUGCGCCGCCCGCCACGGGCGCCGGGACAUCCUGGCCUAUCUGGCCGAGGCCUGGGGCAUGGACGUGGAGGCUGCCAACCGAGACUACAAGCGGCCUCUGCAUGAAGCUGCCUCCAUGGGCCACCAGGACUGCGUGCGCUACCUGCUGGGCCGAGGGGCGGUUGUCGACUGCCUGAAGAAGGCCGACUGGACUCCUCUGAUGAUGGCCUGCACAAGGAAGAAUCUCGAGGUGAUCCAGGACCUUGUGGAACAUGGCGCCAGUCCUCUCCUGAAGAACAAAGAUGGCUGGAACAGUUUCCACAUUGCCAGUCGAGAGGGUGACCCUCUGAUCCUCCAGUAUUUGCUCACUGUUUGCCCGGAUGCCUGGAAGACAGAGAGCAAAAUUAGAAGAACUCCUCUGCACACCGCAGCAAUGCACGGCCACUUAGAGGCAGUAAAGGUGCUUCUUAAGAGGUGCCAAUAUGAUCCUGACUGCAAAGACAACUGUGGCGUUACCCCCUUUAUGGACGCGAUUCAGUGUGGUCACAUCGACGUGGCCAGGCUGCUCAUGGAAAAACACAAGGUUUGCCUUUCAGCCGAGGACAGGCUGGGCGCCCAGGCUCUGCACAGGGCAGCAGUCACAGGGCAGGAUGAAGCCAUCCGAUUCUUGGUCUCUGAACUCGGUGUGGAUGUAGAUGUGAGAGCAGCAUCAACCCACCUCACAGCGCUUCAUUACGCAGCGAAGGAAGGACAUACAAGCACAAUUCAAACUCUCUUGUCCUUGGGUGCUGACAUCAGCUCUAAAGAUGAAAGAAAUCGAUCGGCCCUGCAUCUGGCCUGUGCGGGUCAGCACGUGGCCUGUGCCGAGUUUCUCCUGCAGUCAGGCCUGAAGGAUUCCGAAGACUUGACGGGUAGCCUGGCUCAGCAGCUCAUAGGGGGAACAGCUCCAGCCACAACGCGAUGACACAUGGACGUUUCUGAAAGGAGGCAGUAAAGUACAGGGUAAUUUGUGUCCCACUUCUUAAAUCAUGCACAGAUUCAGUGAAACCAGUCGGUAGCCACUUUCCAUCUCCUCCUCCCUCCUGCCCUCCUCCUGCACAGCCUCCCCCUGCUGAGGAUUCCCUGAUGCUCAGGAAGCUGGGUUCCUUGCCCCCAACCAGCACCCUGUGGAGUCCUGAGCACAGUCAUAAUCUUUCCAUAGUCCAUAUCUCACUUUUUAUACUCCUAAAGUGGAAUUAGAUGUUUAUGAGAUCAGUCUCUGGAAUCCUUAGAUGCAUGAAUAUAAUAUAGUCUAUAUACUUUUAUAAAUAUAUGAAAUGUUUUAUAAUAUUAUAUGGUAAAGCAAUGAUAAUAUUAAAAAUGUAACAUAAAUUGCUAUUAGUUUGAGCCAUAAAACAUAAUUGGCCUGUUUAUUUUCUUCCUUCAUGGCUUCUACUUGGUCAUUACAGCGGACCAACUUUUGGUUCAUAGCCAGGAAGGAAAUGCUUAUAAUCUGUUUACACAGACAUUUACAGGGAUUAGUGAAAAUUUUUAUAUAUUCUAAGCAUUGCUAGUUAAGCUAUAAAGUUUUAAUCUUGAGGGUUUUUGUUUUAGCAGAUAAGUUCUGUAUUGGCACCCUUUCAUUCUUACGUAUUAAAUGUAACUAAGCUAUUUCCAAAACUUUUCUCUCAGCCUGAGUUAAAGAAUGGAGUUUUUGUUCUCAAAACCUACAGGUUACAUUUCCUGCCCUGUCCCAUUCACCCACCAAAGCCUCUGACUAUUAAGGAAUGAAGCACUCAACAUUACAACUUUAAAAAAUAUUGUAGCCUCUUAAACAGAUCAAUGAUAGGAUGAGUCCUCAAGCAUUUGGACUAUUUUUUCCUGGCUUUUUUCCUUUUCUUUCUUUUUCUUUUUUGAUCAUUUUCUCUGAAUUGCUAAGAGUAAUUAUUAAUCCAAAUCUGUCUUUUGAAACAUUGCAUGCAUCAAUCACAAGCAAGAUUUAAUCUCCUUGUUCAUUGUGACCCAGCAAGUACUUGCUACACACCCACCUUAUUCUCAGCGUUGUGCUCAGCCUGGUAAGGAGCAAGAAUUUCCAGUUCCUCUUAAUUAUUCCCAGACGCUGGCAGAUUCCUAUCCCUAACCACCAAAUAAAGGUUCUGAUAGAAACACCCUCACA